UACAUAUAUUUACACCCAUCCCCAUUCCAUAUUUACACACACAUUUUUCACACACAUAGUGUUUUAAUGGAGUUGAUAGACAUUACCCAGAACUGAAUUUGCCAAGAUUUCAGUCAUAAAGGAAAUACAUUGAGAGUCUUAAAUUCUACCGGCCGUAGUUGGUGGGAUUGUCAUGGAGUUCUUGCUUGCUCUUAUCAAGAGACGACAUUCUGUUGCAUGGUUUUGGGUGUUGUUGCUAGUUUUUGCCUAUAACGGGAAAGAGACCAUAUCAGCUUCCAAUUACUUAGUUGGGCUUGGAAGCUAUGACAUCACAGGGCCGGCAUCUGAUGUCAACAUGAUGGGAUAUGCCAACUCAGGUCAGACUGCAUCUGGCAUUCACUUCCGGUUGAGGUCUCGUGCAUUUAUAGUAGCAGAGCCACAAGGAAAUCGUGUGGUGUUUGUAAAUCUGGAUGCUUGCAUGGGUUCACAACUUGUAACAAUUAAAGUCCUCGAGAGGUUGAAGGCAAGGUAUGGAGAUUUAUAUACAGAAAAAAACGUUGCCAUAAGUGGUAUACAUACCCACGCUGGCCCUGGGGGUUACCUACAGUAUGUGGUAUAUAUUGUUACAUCUCUGGGAUUCGUACGGCAAUCAUUUGAUGCAUUAGUCGAUGGCAUUGAGCAAAGCAUUGUGCUUGCUCAUGACAACCUUCGCCCUGGGUCAGUAUAUGUGAGUAAAGGAGAGAUCUUAGACGCUGGUGUUAAUCGCAGUCCUAGCGCUUAUCUUAAUAAUCCCGCAACAGAACGAUCAAAAUACAAGUAUGACGUGGAUAAAGAAAUGACGCUCUUGAAGUUUGUAGAUGAUCAAUGGGGUCCAGUGGGUAGCUUUAACUGGUUUGCUACUCAUGGAACAUCAAUGAGUCGUACAAAUGAGUUGAUCAGUGGGGACAAUAAAGGAACUGCAGCACGCCUCAUGGAGGAUUGGUUUAAUCAGAAAAGUGCUGCAAGAAUUGUUAAUGAAAAUCCACGCAGAGUCUCCAACAUUGUUCAGGGUACUCAAGGAAACCACCAUGAGCUGCUGGAACUUGCUGCUUCUUUCCAGUCUACUUCUGGCAAACAUGUAACCAGAUAUUCGAGCAUAGCAAGACGGGUUAGGAGUGCUCUUAGGUCUGCAGAUAGGCCCAGAUUUGUAUCUGCAUUUUGUCAAUCCAAUUGUGGAGACGUGAGCCCAAAUGUUUUGGGGGCAUUCUGCACAGAUACCGGGCUACCCUGCGACUUUAAUCAUAGUACUUGUGGCGGGAAGAAUGAGUUAUGUUAUGGCCGUGGACCAGGCUACCCGGACGAAUUUGAAAGCACUCGAAUUAUUGGAGAAAGACAAUUCAAAAAAGCUUCUGAACUUUUUAACAGUGCUGCUGAGAAAGUGAACGGCAAGAUUGAUUUUCGUCACACGUAUUUGGACUUCUCACAGCUUGAGGUGACCCUUCUAAAACAAGGAGGAGGAAGUGAGACUGUUAAAACGUGUCCCGCUGCAAUGGGAUUUGCAUUUGCUGCUGGUACAACUGAUGGACCCGGGGCAUUUGACUUUACGCAAGGAGACAACACUGGGAAUCCAUUUUGGAAGCUAGUACGGAACGUGCUCAAAACCCCGGGUAAAGAGCAAAAGGAGUGUCAACAGCCAAAGCCUAUCCUGCUUGAUACCGGGGAAAUGAAGCAACCAUAUGACUGGGCGCCAUCAAUAUUGCCAGUUCAGAUACUAAAGAUAGGUCAGAUAGUGAUUCUCAGUGUACCUGGAGAAUUCACAACUAUGGCUGGGAGGCGUCUACGUGAUGCUGUUAGCGCCGUUUUCAAAGAAAAAGUCCAUGUUGUGAUAGCCGGUCUAACUAAUACGUACUCUCAGUAUAUUACUACCAUUGAGGAGUAUGAGAUGCAAAGAUAUGAGGGAGCUUCAACUCUUUACGGACCACAUACUCUCAGUGCCUACAUACAAGAAUUCACCAAGCUUGCAACAGCCAUUGUCACCGGAAAGCCCGUUGAAGCGGGCCCACAACCACCAGAUCUACUAAACAAGCAGAUAAGCUUGCUACCAGGUGUGGUGGUGGACUCCACCCCACUUGGAGUCAAGUUUGGAGAUGUCAAAACUGACAUCCCCAAAAGUUCCACCUUUAAAAAAGGCGACACAGUGACCGUUGUCUUCUGGUCAGCAUGCCCCAGGAACGAUCUCAUGACUGAAGGUACUUUUGCUCUUGUGGAGUUGCUUCAAGGGCAAGACACAUGGGUCCCAGCAUACGAUGAUGAUGAUAUUUGUCUUCGGUUUAAGUGGUCAAGGCCCUCUAAACUCAGUGCUCAGAGUCAUGCUACUAUUGAAUGGCGAAUUCCACAAUCAACUGUGCCUGGGGUUUAUAGAGUGAGUCAUUUUGGUGCAUCCAAGAAUCUACUUGGAUCAAUUAGUCAUUUUAGUGGCUCAUCGAAUGCUUUUGUUGUCAAAUGAUUUCUGCACGGACUAGUUGAUGAUUAAAAGUUAUUGAAUAAAUUCAUUGUACACGAGAUUAGUAUCAUGUAAUUUAUUGGUUAUACAAUCGCUACACUAAAAUAUAUAGAAAAGAUUUUCCCUUUUUAUAUCCAAA